AUGUUGAGAAUCAUUCCUCGUUCUAUUUUACCUGGACAACGGGUGGCUCGGGCUUUUGCUAUAAGAAAGUACGCGACCGCUAAAGUAGCUUUCGAUGUGCCAUUAGAAACACAUACAGAUUUGCAACAGGCGAAUAAAGAGUUGGCUGAUGCGAGAGAUAACUCAUCAGAAGUUGUUGAAUCUGGGACAACUGCCUUGAAACAUGCCUAUCAGGAGAAUACAGGAUUUGGCACCAGACCUAUUUACUUAGACAUGCAAGCGACCACACCCACAGAUCCUCGCGUUUUGGAUACAAUGCUCAAAUUUUACACUGGGCUGUACGGGAACCCACAUUCAAAUACACACAGCUAUGGGUGGGAGACUAAUAAAGAAGUAGAGACUGCCCGCAAACAUAUCGCUGAUCUGGUCAAUGCAGACAUCAAGGAAAUCAUUUUCACGUCAGGUGCUACAGAGUCCAAUAACACGGCCUUGAAAGGGGUUCCUAGAUUCUAUAAGAAGACUAAAAAGCAUAUCGUUACCACGAGAACGGAACACAAGUGUGUCUUGGAGGCUGCCAGAGCCAUGAAAAAUGAGGGAUUCGAAGUAACCUUUUUGAAUGUCAAUGAAUUUGGCCUGAUUGACCUCAAAGAAUUGGAGGACGCGAUAAGGCCCGAAACUUGCUUGGUAUCCAUCAUGGCAGUAAACAAUGAAAUUGGGGUUGUGCAGCCUUUGAAAGAGAUUGGCGCUAUUUGUAAGAAGAAGAAGGUUUUCUUCCACACUGAUGCUGCUCAAGCGUAUGGCAAAAUUCCAUUAGACGUUAAUGACAUGAAUAUUGACUUGAUGUCCAUUUCCUCGCACAAAAUAUAUGGUCCCAAGGGAAUGGGUGCAAUUUAUGUCAGAAGACGCCCCCGUGUGAGACUGGAUCCCAUCAUUUCCGGAGGUGGUCAGGAAAGAGGCUUGAGAUCUGGCACAUUGGCCCCUUCCUUAGUUGCUGGAUUUGGGGAGGCUGCAAGGCUUAUGAAGCAAGAAUAUAGUGCUGACACCGAGCACAUCAAGAAGCUAUCAGAGAAAUUGACCAAGGGUCUUCUGGCUAUCGAACACACUUCACUGAACGGUUCGCCAGAUCACCACUACCCGGGGUGUGUCAACGUUUCAUUUGCUUACGUCGAAGGUGAAUCUUUGUUGAUGGCUCUUAGAGACAUUGCCUUAAGCUCAGGCUCUGCUUGCACGUCUGCGUCUUUGGAGCCAUCCUAUGUUUUACAUGCUCUGGGUAAAGAUGACGCUCUUGCGCACUCAUCUAUCAGAUUUGGUAUUGGGCGUUUCACAACUGAGGAAGAAAUCGACUACGUUAUCAAGGCUAUCACCGAGAGAGUUGAGUUUUUACGCGAACUAUCUCCUUUGUGGGAGAUGGUUAAGGAGGGUAUUGACUUGAAUUCCAUCGAGUGGUCGGGUCAUUAG